AACCUCAACAGACCAACAACGAUGAUUCCUGGAAGAUGACAAAGUUGAAGAUGACUGCUUCAGUGGUUUUAGUUAUUGUAGCGCUAAUUUUAGCACAUUUCCCAGGCAAUGAUGCUGGAUUGUUUCGAAGUGGUCUGCCAUACAACCAGCCAAACACACCUUGGAAUGGCAAACUUACAAUGGAUACAGCAUUCAUAAACAUUACAUCUAGCCUCAAGAAUUUACCGUUCAAUGUAUUUGGAGUGUCUGAUAAUUGCUACAAGUGUGACUAUCAAGCACUCAGGUUGAACAAGAAAGACUAUACGUAUAUCCUAGUGGACACUASACAUACAUUCAAACUGAAGUUCACUUCUAGCAAAAACAGAAGUUGUUUMGUAAAUAGGUCAUUUGUUGAGUAUGGUAAAUACCAUAUCCAAAUUGGUCUACUUAGAGAAUUCACAUGUGCCUUGGAAGUCCUCCAGGAGAAUCGUUAUGACCAAACUUACAGACCCAUCUUUAUAGCMAUUGGUAUUCUGGCUGGGUCGGCAGUCAUAUGGUACCUAUUGUCCUUAGUCUGGAGCCAGUCAGUAUUAAAGAUAGUCAGCUUGACAGUAGCUGAUCUAGUGUUUCCAUGGUUCAUGUGGAUCAUGGGCGUGUCCAUCACUCUUUCAUUUCACGCGUUACGGAGACGUCAGACAAAAAAUCUUCAAAUUGUUGUCAAGAUUAUAAGAAGAACAGCCAUUCUAUUUCUACUUGGAGUUUUCACUAGCAACUUGGGUAAUUUAGCUACGUAUCGUGUACCUGGAGUACUACAGAGGUUUGCUGCUUGUUAUUUCGUGGUUGCAAUCAYUCAGGUUCUUAUCAGUCCAAGGGAAGACGUACAGCCGACAGGUGUCUGGUGGGAUAGCAUACGGGACAUUGUAAGUCUGUGGGGCCAGUGGUUCUUCAUGCUUAUCAUACUCACUACGUAUAUCAUAGUGACGUACGCUGUCAAGAUUGACAACUGCCCCACUGGGUAUACUGGUCCRGGUGGUAUCGGCAAGGGCUAUCCUCAGGCCUAUAAUUGUACUGGAGGUGUGGCAUCUAAAAUUGACCAUAAAAUAUUUGGUGUUCAUGUUUAUCAACAAGGAACAUUCAAGGACUUGUACAGAGUAAAAAUAUAUCACGAUCCUGAGGGAGCACUUGGGACAUUAACGUCAAUCUUCCUGGUAUUCCUUGGUGUCCAGGCUGGUAGCAUCUUAUAUACCUACUCAUCUCACCGCGCCAGGAUAUCACGCUGGCUUGUAUGGUCUGUCAUAUUGGGUUGCUUGGCAAUAGGGCUGUCUGGCGGGACUAAAAAUGAAGGUGUUAUUCCUAUCAACAAAAACCUGUGGUCAGUGUCAUUCAUCUUUGCAACGGGUGCAAUGGCUUUUAUUCUCUUGUCCGUGUGUUACAUACUUAUUGACGUGUACGGUAUUUGGAACGGAAGUCCCUUCAUCUUCCCUGGUAUGAACUAG